AAAAGAUGUCUCGUACUUUGCUUAUCGUCCUCAUUUUUCAGCUCGAAAAUGUCCAAGAACUAUUCUGCCAACGUAACAGGUUUUGGAUUCAAGGAGGUAAAGUGGAAGUGACCCUAGUAGCUGAAGAAAACACUGGACAUAGCUUAGAGGAUACUUACGACGGUUUCCUGGAUCUGUUCUAUGCAUAUGGUAGAGAGAACAAAAUAAACUUCAACAGGAGAAAUCUCAAAAGAAAAAACAAUUUUGGCUCGACAUAUGGGUCUAAGUCUAUCAUGGCAAAGUAUCAAGCAUACAAUAUUGACUGCAACAAGUUCCAAUCUUUCCUGCAAAGGAUAAGAGCAUGGGAAUAUCGCUUGAAAUUCAUACAUGUCCGAUGCGACCGUAUGUCAUUCGCAAUUUGCAUGGUUUUCUCCUGUCCGGAAAGUGAAUUUAGAGGCUUGGAAACAAUGAUAAUUGCCAACAAUUGC